AUGAGGAUGACGGCAAGCGCGCGGGCGGGUGCCGGGCUCCGUACGUGCGUCGUCUUGGCCGUAGCCGACUUGAAUGCAGCCCCGCUAGACCUGCGAUCGUCUGGGGCCAAAACUAGGCAGGACACCACCAAGGACCGACCCACCAACGAACCUGCCCCAACGGAACGACGACCCGCUCUGGAACUUCUGAGGAGAGAACUCCAGACCAGGGAGCUCCUGAAUAGGGAACUCCAGAAGGCAAAAUCCCUGAAGACGCAAGGCCUCAUAGAGGGGUCAUUGACGACGGAACCCCCGUUGAGGACGGAACCCCCGUUGAGGACGGAACCCCCGUUGAGGACGCAACCUCCGUUGAGGACGGAACCCCUGUUGAGGACGGAACCCUUGUUGAGGACGCAACCCUUGUUGAGGACGCAACCCCUGUUGAGGACGGAAGGUGUGAGGAGGGGACCCCAGGGCAGGGAGGGUCUGAGGGCUGAAUCGGUGACCACGGAGGACUUGUCGGCAGCGAUGAAGAGCAUGACUGCGGAGGACGUAUGUACUGGGGAGGGCUUGUGGGGGGCUGGAGAGAGUGUGUCGAUGGCGGAAGACUCGGUGGGUUCGGAAGGCGUGGGUGUAGGUCAUUGUGAACUUCCGUCGUCGGAAGCGAUGUGGUGGGCGGAGGAUUUGGGGGCUGAAGAAGAGUUGUGGGCAGACGAAAGAUCGUGGUCGUCAGAGGGUGGCUCGUUUGGUUCGGAGGCGUGUGUUAUUUUACGGAGUAUGUUGGAUGAGGCUGAGAAGAAGAGGCUUCGAGAAUUGCAAGUGACUGAUUUGAAUUGUUCACCGAGCGUUUUGCGGUUUGCGAGUGAGUUGACAAGUGUGUGUGCAAGGCCAUUGGUGAGUUUGUCUGUGAGUGAAGAGGGUCGAUUGCGCGAAAUUUUUUGGGUGGCUGAAGACCCGGCUCGUAGAUUGGCUACGUUUGCUACAGCUUGUCAGUUGGAAUCAUUGGGUGCCCGAGCGGGGGAGUUGGAGGCCGUCUGGCGGGGGAGUGAUGUUCAAGCGGAAUCUUAUGGUUGGCUCGAUGAACGUGCGACGCAGAAACGCCGCCGACUGGGCGCACCGUGGAGGUUGAGUGCUGCUCGUUUCGCGCGACGUGCACACGGACUAGCACCAGGGGAGCCGUUGUUGUCUCUAUUCGCUAGAUCCUUGGAGCCGCCCCUUUUUGAAGGUGAUGAGGCCUUGGCGGCUCGCGCUUUGUACCAAGUGUUCGCGCCCGUACAGCGAGCCCGAAUGCGAAGAACCGAACAGUUGUCGUUGGACUGCUGCGACUCUGUAUGGCUCGAACUAGCAGCCAUCAUUGGACUUUAUUUCUGGCUGCCUUUCGGUAGUGUCGAACCGGCACGACGUGAGCCGCUUGUUAACGCCUUCACAGACGCCGUCGACGCUCGGGUCAACGGCAGCCGUCUCUCAGCACGGAACCGUUUCUUUGCGGCAGAGCGACUCGCUGACGUCUGGGUCACCGGCUGUCUACUCGCCCAAUCUGGCGUCAACGAAGACACACUCACCAAAUUUUGCGAAGACGUACUUGGCUACAAAGCCAGCACACGCAACCUCUGGGUGUGCUGCCGUCUAAGUCCACAAGACUGCAAAAUCUAUAAUGGAAGACGCAACACUCACCGACCACUCCGAGAACACCUUGCCAAACUAAGUCAAGCCGCCCCACGACAUACUCUCAAUGACUUCCUACGACGCAUAGCCUCAGGCGGAAAUGGGCGCUGUGGCUUUCACCACCCCGCACCCUGCAAACGACCCGCCGACACACCCUCUGACGCACGACCCACCAAAAUCGUCCCGCAUACUGUCCCACAGUCCGUCGCCCAGGCGCUCUGGACGUCCCCCACCGCAGGCGGCACGUCCUCAGGAAGCAUCACAAUGUCCUGCAGCACCACAAUGUCCUGCAGCACCACAAUGUCCUGCAGCACCACAAUGUCCUGCAGCACCACAAGGUCCAGCAGCGCCACAAUGUCUGGCGGGACCGUCACGCUUUCCGGCAGUGCUAACUUCCCGGCGGAGGACUCGUUCUCGCCCACAGGGGCAGGCGCGCCUGGGGCAUGGGCGGCCGCCGCCGCCACGGAGGUGACGGCGCUCGAAUGGGCGGCCGCGCUGCCCUGCGAGCGCGAGGAACUCGCCGCUGUCUUGCAGAAUAUGGCUAAGGCCGCCGGCGACGGGCAUCUCUCGGCGGCGCAGUGCGCCGCGUUGCCCGUGCUCGCGCGGCUGCUGGUCACGGACUGUGCGGACGGCCGCAACCUGAUCGCGGACGACAAGGUCGCGCUCGUCGGCCAGUUUCUCGCGCACAUUCGCCCGUCGCGGACGGACUCACGCACGACGGACUCACACACGGCGCGGGCGCGCCGACACGCGAUGCGCUGCGAGUUGCGAAUCGCCGCGAGCGCGCUGCGUUUUAUGGAGAUCGACGUCGCAGCCCUCGGGGAAUUCGCUCUCGCUUCCUGGUCCUGGCCGGAGCUGCAGGAGGCGCUGCCUUGUUAUGAGCCGCAGCACUGCAGCGACUCGCCCCAACACGUCAGCACGGAACACGUUGCGCCAGCACUCGCGGCCGAACGACUUCGAGGUAUGCUUAUGGAUACAUUGCCGGCCUCGCCGCACCAAGGGUCAGAAAUGUUGUUACAGAAAACCACCGAAUAG